AUGGGUCAUGUUGCAAAAGAAGAACUUUUGAAUGUGAUCCGUCAUGAGAUGAGAUUGGAAGACGAUGAUGGGCCCGGCCUUUGUUCUCGUCUACUUUUGAGUCCAACAAGACGUGUCAGAUCCGGUGGAUUACCGUUAGAUUUCAGACAGAAAGGUCAUGAAUAUCACAGUGGAGACGGUGGAUACGAUGAUGACAUUUAUGAGAUUCCAUUAUACGAGGAGCCGAUUCAUACGAGAACUUUAAUCAAUGAUUCACUUGCACUUCGAACAGCUGAAAAGAUUAAAGAAGAGGGACGAAAAGAUAAUAUUUAUUCGGGACCUCUUGAUGAGUUAUUCGUGAAACAAGAAACGAUUUGGCCGCUUCCAGAAAGAGAUCCAGCUGAAAAAUCGAUCGUUGAGAAGUAUUUAGAAGAGAAUUCUGAAAGUUUGAAUAAUCCAUUGGGAGAAUAUUUAAAAUUCGCUGCGACGGGGACAGAUCCAUCACGAGAAAUUGAGAUUAUUAUUCCGAAACCUCCGAACUCAGAAGAAUCAUUCAAAUCGUUGAAAAUUGAAGUGUUGACGACGGCGAGAAUGCGAGAGGUCAUUGGUUACUGUAUGCUUCAGUACUUUUUGAAAUUCGAUGAGAAUUUGCCUGGCGACGUCGACGAUUACCAGUUUUAUUUAGCCGAGGAAGACGGAGAAAUCGAGUAUGAACUCCCAGCUCUGGACAGCUCAAAACUCGUCGGUCAAUGCGGAUUCACGUGUCUCGGAUUGGUUUCUCAAAUCAAGAAGAAUGGAAAUAAACGACAAAAGAAGGCAGUCGUUGUGUGGUUCGUCGACAAGGAUCAGUACGUAAUUGAAGUGGAUAAUAUGGAAAAACCACUGAAAUGGCUUAGAGAUGAAGCAUUUCGAUUGAGAGAGGAAACGGUGAAAGACAAGGAAUCUGUUGAAGGAUUACUGGAAAUUAAGGAAUAUUUUCUAGAAGGCGUCGAUACAUUCGACAUAAAAUUAGAUCUGGAAGCAAGUAUUGCGAGUGCAAGAACUCUUGAAUUUGUCAUGGUUCAGAAGAAUAGUUCGAGAGCUGGAUUCCAUCCACGUGGUGGUCGAUAUGGAAGACAAAUGAGUGCAAUGCUCACUUUGAAAAUGCCAAAUAGUCCAAUCGCCGCGGGACCAUCGACUCCACUACCUACAGUAAUGGAACAGAAUGAAGAAAGAGGACCACCGAGUGGAUCCACUCUGGGGAUCUCGAGAGAUGAGAGUAGUGGAGCAUUAGUUUCAUCUCCUUCCGUCACUUGGAAUGACGGCGGCGGUCAGUUGUCUUCAUUCAUCGUCCAACGAGUUCAUCGUUUCAAACCGAAGUGGAAAGCUAGACUGAUAAUCCGUUGGACUUGCUUCGAAAUCGACAAGUAUCAAGUUGACAAAUCGGCUUUCCUCCCACAAGGAUAUCAAAAACAGACUAAAGUACCAUGGGAAUAUGUGGGCGGGGUCAGGGUUCAGCUAAAGGAUGCAAAACCUGGUCGUGUCGACACGUGGCUCAUCACAUUCUAUUGGCUUCCGGUGCUCAGUGAAGAGACAAUUCAGAAGGUUGUGGGAGAUGAUGAGUGGAAUUUGAGACAUGUUGCGAAGCUCUACGAAAACGAGGAAAAAUGGCGAUGCGUCAGUGUGGAGACUGUCUUCAAACCAGAAGUGGAUGAAAUCUUCAGUCAAAUGAAUUCGAUCCUUCAAGCUCGAGAUGCAUCCAUCUACAAAGCCUUCUCUCAUUCAUCAUUCGGAUCAUUGAGUCCUGCUGCGAGUGCAGAUUUGGCACUGAUGGAGAGUGCGGAAGGAGGUGCAAUUCUGUCGCCAACGGAUACUCCAUCUAACUCGUCGAGUACAAAAAAUGGAGGAAAAAUCAGAAAAAUGUCGAAGAUUUUUAUGAAUAGUGUGAUGGGAAGAAGAUCGUCGACGUCAGAGUAG